AUGGGUUCCAAAAAGAAGAACAAGUGCAAAAGCGAGGAAAAGGAGAUAAUCGAUGAUCCACGGUUUGCAUCCACACACACCGACCCGAGGUUUCAGAGAGUACCUAAGAGAGAAUUGAAAGUCGCAAUUGACUCUCGGUUCAAUCGUAUGUUCACCGAUAAGAAUUUCGGUACUUCUUCUGCUCCCGUAGAUAAACGAGGCAGACCUAAGAAGCAAAAAACUGAUACUAGUCUCCGCCAUUUCUACCGAAUCGAAGAAGAAGAGAAGAAAGGCGCGAAGAAGAAUAAGAGAAAAGAGGAGGUUUUGAGUAGUGAGGAAGAAGAAGAAGAGAUUGAAAAGGACGCCAAGAAGAGGAAAAGAAAAGAAGAAAGUUUGAUAAGUGAGGAGGAGGAAGAAGAAGAAGAAGAAGAGAGUGAGAGUGAUGAUGUUGACGUGGAGGGAAGCGAAGAGGAGGAGUCGAGUAGUAGUAGUAGUGAUGAGGAGAUUGAUUAUGAAGACGAGGAGGAUAUGGAUAAUGUAGAGGGGUUAAUUGCUGUUGAAAAUGUACCAGUGGUUGAAGACGCAACGUGCAGGCUUGCUGUUGUUAAUAUGGAUUGGAGGCAUGUCAGGGCAGUUGACUUGUUUGUAGUAUUACGCUCAUUUCUUCCAAAAGGAGGACAGAUUUUGUCAGUCACUGUCUAUCCCUCUGAAUUUGGACUUCGGCGCAUGAAAGAGGAAGAAGUCCAUGGCCCUGUUGGCUUAUUUGAUGAUGAAAGUGAGAAAAGCGAUGAAGAUGAUGAUGACAACAAUGAGAUUGACCAUGACAAGUUGUGUGCUUAUGAGAAAAGUAGGCUAAGGUACUACUAUGCUGUGGUGGAAUGUGAUUCAGUUGCAACAGCUGACUAUCUUUAUAAAUCUUGUGAUGGAGUUGAGUUUGAAAGAUCAUCCAAUGUGCUUGACCUUAGAUUUAUUCCUGACUCUAUGGAUUUUAAACACUCACCUCGUGAUGUUGCCACAGAGUCUUACAUGGUGCCUUCAGGCUAUGAGGGGUUGGAUUUCCAUACUAAAGUGCUGCAGCACAGUAACAUUCCUGUUUCUUGGGAUGAAGAUGAACCGCAGCGUGUGAAGACCUUGAAACGAAAAUUUAAUGCUGGCCAGUUAGCUGAAUUGGAGUUGAAAGAGUUUCUAGCUUCCAAUGAGAGUGAAACUGACAAUGAUGAAGCUGAUAAUAAUGUGGAAGACAAAUCUGAUAAAAAGCAUAAAAAGCGAGAUAAGUACCGUGCUUUAAUCCAGUCUGGUGAUGGUUCAGAUGAAGACCAAAAGGAGGGUCAGGAUAUGGAGGUUACUUUCAACACUGGCUUAGAAGAUUUAAGCAAAUGUAUUCUAGAAAAGAAGGAUAAGAAAUCAGAAACUGUUUGGGAAGCAUUUCUGAGGAAAAGGCAUGAGAAGAAGAAGGCUCGACAAAAUCAAUCCAAGUAUUCUUCAGAAGAAGAAAGUAGUGAUACUGAUGAAGAAGGAAUAGAACAGCCAGAUGAUUUCUUUAUUGAAGAGCCAUCAGUUAAAAAGGGUAAUGACAAGGACUCUCAAGGUAAGAAAAACAAAGAAGAAAAGCAGCUUCAGGAUACAGCUGCGAAAGCAGAGGCGGCAAGCAAAGCAGAGCUUGAGUUAUUACUUGCUGAUGAUAAGGGGGGAGAAAAAGGUCUUAAGGGAUAUAAUAUGAAACCUAAAAAGGCAAAAGGGAAAAAGGGAAAAGAUUUUCCAUAUGAGAACAAAAUACCCACUUCUAAUUUGGAUGACCCCCGGUUUUCUGCUCUUUUCACUUCGACUCUCUUUGCAUUGGAUCCCACAGAUCCACAGUUCAAAAGGAGUGCAGUCUAUGCAAGGCAGCUGGCACAGAAACAGCUGAAGAGGAGUGAGCAACAAUUGGUGGAAGGAGAGAAUAAGAAACAGCCUGAAAAGGCUCAGUUGCUAUCUGAUGAUCCUGCAAUGGACAAUGAUGAGUGCAUGAUAUCUGAUGGUUUGCCAGAAAAGAAAGAGAAGCACGAGUUAUUGUCAUUGGUAAAAUCCAUCAAGAUGAAGUCCAAGCAAGUUCGGUCAUCCUCCAACAGUAAGCAGUUGAAAGAUAAAAAAUUUCAACCUAAAGGGAUGAAAGAACUAGAGAAGCCCGAGCUCUCAAGCUUGGUUCAAUCAGUAAAGAAGAAGGCCGAAGUUUUGAAAAAAUACAGGACCUGA